CCCUUCAGGCUGUGUGGUGAAGAUAAGUAACUGGGUGCCUGAGGCUAGGGCCCUAGGGCACCAUUGUACCCUCCUCCAGAUCAGUCAGGAAGGGAAUGCUUCUUAAGAGACUUCCUGUUUGAGCAGAAGGGAUCCUGCCUUUUGUGCUGAAGGGGAUGCUAUCGCCACGGACAGGGGACCCUGGACCAGAGCUUAAAAGCCCCAGAGAGCCUAGGAAGUCACAGACCCUACCUGUAAGCACCUGGAAGUCCAACAGUAUGAAGGAGCAAAGCACGCAUCCCGGGGACGGCAUGAAACCCAGCCUGGGCUCACUGAAGAGGACCCUUUUCCGGACCAGCCUGCGAGCUUCAACACACAAGCCCAAGGAGGACGAGGGCCUGCUCAGGCGGAGCUCCCGUUUUCUGUUCAGGUCCUUGAGACGGGCCCUAGAUGAAGGCCUAACUGCUGGGCAUCCCCAAGGCACUGCUGUACCAGAGAAGCCCUCCAGGGUCACAGAUGGUGUCAGCCAGCAGGCAGCCACUGGGGUGGAGGCUGAGGAUCUGGAACGCCAGGCAGAAAGUAAAUCCGUGGCUGACCUCAUCACUGAGCGGCAGCUAGUGAAGGCCUUUGAGCAGUUGCGGUAUCUGGAGACGCAGCUAGUAGCGGACAAAACCUCACGCACCUUUACACAGGACCCCACCGCCUAUGCGCGGCGCGCUAUGGACCUUUGUCUACAUUACGACGGAAUGGCUGCGGAGAUAGGAGCCAUUGUACGCGAGGCGCUGAAUUCCGAGGGCGUGGAUCGAGACGCUCUGGCGGAACUGGCCCAAGUGGUGCACUUGGAAGAGGAGGCCCAUCAGACCGCCCAAGCCGAGGGUGAUUUCUUGAGUACACCCCGCCACUGGCGUCAGCACUGGGAGGACGCGGUGCGGCUCAGCGCUCAGGAGCGCGUGCAGCAGGCAGGCGCCAAAGUCAUCCCGGGGGCUGCAGAGGGCGCAUCCGACCUGGCCCAGCUUCUGGCUGAGCUCGGCGGCGUGGUUCGCCGCGACCUGCAGAAGGUGCGAUCAGAGAUGCAGCCCGCUUACGAAGCCACCGACUUCCCAGUGUGGGAGACCUACUUGCGUGCCUUCCACAGCGCAGUGGCCCAGCGCCUGCAGGAGCUGGCGCGAGACGCCCGCGGCUGUGAGCAGCUCUACGUGCUGUUAGACUGGGCCGCUAAUGUUUAUGGCAGCCCUGACUUCCUGGGCGCCCCAGACUUGGCGCUGCCCACCGAACCGCUGCCCCCACUCCUAGAGCCUGCCCUGUGGGCUCGACUGGAAAGUGACUACACUAGCUUCCUAGAGACCAAGAUCACCAGCUGUUUUGACAGCAUCUUGCAGCUGGAGCAGAGUCGCUGGGAAGCCGGCGAGGACCUGGAAGUGCUGCAGGGCCUCUACCACGCGCCCUUGUCCAUCGAUGUGCACAUGCUGGUAGCUGAGCACGUGAAGGCGGCUGGCGCAAUCUCCGCGGAGCUAGAGGCCACCACCCUGCAGAUCUGUGCGCGUGCGCUCUGCCUCUUUGUGCCCAGGUUCGAAAAGGCUUUUCUGGCGUCGAAGGCCGUGAGCGAAUGGUACCUGGGUGCUUACAUUAACGCCUGCGUAGAGCUGAGAACCAGUCUUCUGGCCAGGUUCCCGGGAACCAUAAAGGAACUGGAGAGACCCCUGGUGGCUGCCACCAAUAACUUCCAGAAGCAUUUGCUCCAGAUUGCACAGCAAGACAUUCAGCCACUAUUCAAGGUGCUAUAUACCAGGAACUGGCUCACACAGGACACACUGCAUCCACUCAUGGACAAGGUGGUGGACUUUGCACAUCACCUUGAGCAUGUGACCCCACCACUGGCACAGGACACUCUGCAGGAGGUGCACCGUUUUGUGGUCCGAGAAUACCUGGGGCAGGUGCUGAGGCCCCACGAGAGGUUCAGUGGCUUGGAUCGAGUGAAGGGCUCCCACAAGAUGAGCCUGGAUGCCCAGGCCAUUAGCAACACUUUCCGGGGCUUGGGUUCUGAAGCCAAGUGGCUGGACCAAGCCAUCCCGUCGGUGGCUGAGAUCCUGGGCGAGACAUACAAAGACGACAUCCGGCGGCACCUGGAAACACUUAUACGGAGCUACCCGGACAUCAGGCGAGACCACAUUCUGGCCAUUCUGGCACUACGCAGACUCGGUCGCCGUCGGAACCAGAAUCUCUUGCAGCACACCCAAGACCUGCUGAGGGCAGCCCACGAGAACAGGCCCUCCUCACACCACGUGCUCUUUGAGGAGAUUGAAGUGCCCACCUCUGUGGAUGUGCUCAUCACCUGCAUCUAGGGCUGAAUGUCGAGCAGGAGCCUCCUAGGCAGAGGAUCUGUCACCCUCCCUUUGACUGACCCCAAGUUGGGAGCCUAGUGAGUCAUUCUGGCCCUUUUCCCAGCUCCGAAGCCUGGAGCCUUGGAAUUUUUGGUCUUAGUUGCCUGGAUGCUCAGCCAGGGGGAACCAAGAGAUGAGGCAUCCCAGGCAUUUGUGGGGGAGUCUUUUGGGGUUGCGGCACCUCCUUACAGGACUUCAGGCCAGGGGAGGCUUCCCUUUCUGACUGCUCAGCACAUCCACCCUAUAGUGCGAAGCUGAGGAUUCCAAAAAUAAAUGUGAAUUAAAAUAGCACCUAAGGUUGGGCACGCUGAGAUGGUUGGGAGAGGUGAUGCUGGACUGAAUGAAUGGCAUGCCAGAGCCAGUCCUGAGCUGGAAAGCCCCUGCCCGAAGAGCCUUCGCUCCUCCUUCAGAGAUUGUGUCCCCAACACCCACAUGGCAGCAAGCAACCACGUUCAACUCCAACUCCAGAGGCUCAAACGCCCUCUCUGGCCUCUGUGAGUGUGUGCUUGUGCUGUACACAGACAUGCAUGCUGGCAAGGCGCCUGUGCAGGAAGUAAAAAUAAAUAUAUUUAAAAGGCAACAACAAAACAAAGCCAGAGACCCUCACCCUGGGUCCCUAGCCACAGAUACCACAUUGGUCUUGCCCAGAGGGGGUAGACAGAACUCAGCCUCUUGCCAGGCACCUGAGCCCUUGUGAGCACCAGUCCUGCGGCUUGUGCUAGUCUAGUUUCCUGUAGCAAAGACUUUCAAACAAUAAAAGUUGUCAGGUCA